UGGCGUGGGUCUUCCCGCGGACAUGGUGCAGGAUCCGCAGGGGCGGCUGGUGGCGGAGCUGCUGCUGCGGGCGGGGACGGACCAUAUAGUCUGCCUCUGCUCCCGCGCCUUCGUUGAAGAUCGAAAAUUAUAUAAGCUGGGCUUAAAAGGAUUUUAUAUCAAAGGUGACAAUGACAGUACAGGGGAUGAACAAGCAUCUGAGGAGGAGAACUAUUGCCCUAAUGUGACAUUAAAGGUGGAUGCUAAUCAUGCUCUCGAGCUGGAAGAAGUUGAACUGGACUCAGAGGCCGAGCUUAUGAAGAGCAUGGGGUUGCCUCUUCAGUUUGGUGGGCAGUCAGCUCACAGGAACUUUGUGGCAAGAGCAAAUUAUAAAAAGAGAAGUAACAUGAAGGUUAUGAAGAAGAAAAAUAAUAAGAAAAAAGAGUUACAGGAAAAACAUGAGGAUAAAGUGAGUGAGGAAUGCCAGGAUCGAGCUUGUGAUGAUCAUACCCAGUCUGUUUCUGGAGAGUUGGCCCAAGCUACAGAGCAGUGUGAGAAGGGCAGCAAACCUCAGGUUGUAAGUGAAGGGAACUGUGAAAGUUCAGAAAGUCUUGCAAAUGAGACUUUACAUGGUGGACUUCAAGAAAAAUGGGAGAAAUAUUGGAGUGAGUACGGAGAGGGCCUUCUUUGGCAAAGUUGGCUUGAGAAGCAUCAAGAGGACUCAUCGUCUGAGGUCACCACAACAUCUGAGCCUUGGAAUAGUCCAGACAGCAGGGAAGAGUGGGAGCAGCAUUAUAGCCAACUGUACUGGUAUUACUGGGAACAGUUUCAGUACUGGACAAACCAAGGAUGGACUACUGAGAGCUCACACAGUGACAUGGUGGAUGCUAAUGGGGUUACCCAGGAGAUGGGUAGUUUGGGAAAAAUGGACUUGGUUAGCCCAGGGACUGAACACGGUGAAGCGCUGAGCUUAGAGCUGUCUCCCACUAACACCAGAAGUGAGGAAACACACCCUUCAAGUGCUGAGUCCCACAGUGAAAUAAUCUCUGGGAUGUGUAAUUUAAAUCUCAAUUUGGAAGAAGUGGAGCAGAGCAGUGCAACUCUAACAGUAUCCCACCAAAGUCCUCAAGAGUGCAGUUCAUCUGACAGUGAAAGCCAGGAGGAGCCCUGCGAUGGAGGAACCAGGAAAAGGGAUGCAUCUUGUCAAAAUAAAAGUAUUAACCAGUCAGUUUCACAGGGGUCGUGUAGCUUGAAUUCAAAUAGCAAAAAACAGUUGCUGCUUCACGACCAAGAUGAAGAUGAGGAUGAAGAGCCUCCUGAGUACAGACAUGCCAAAGUCAAGAGAAGCCAUGAACUGGAUAUGGAUGAGAACCCAGUGGAAGAUCCUGAGGAAACCUGCUCUGUUUUGGGUUUCAAGCGUGGCACAGGACAAAAGUAUGGUGGAAUUCCAGAUUUCACCCACCGAAGUGUGCAGUAUUUGGAGAAAAAAGCAAAACUCAAGUCCAGGUUCUUGGAUAUGCGUAAACCAAGGAAGAGCAAAAACACACACAUCUUCUUUACAGAGGAAUCUGAAGUGUCUUGCAAAAAAAAUAAGACUUUGAAGAAGGUGGAAGAAUUUUUAAAGCGAGUUAAUGAACCUGGGCAGAAAGCAACAUCCCAGGCAGCCUCCCCUCAGGGUACGACGAGGGCACCGUCUGUGAGCAGCAGUGACCCGGAGGAUCGGGACAGCAUUACUGUGACACCCAACACUGAGAGCCAAGAGCCACUCUCCUCCAGCAUGACCAUCACGGCGCCUGGAAGGAGUAAGGGUGAGGAGGAAGCAGAGGAGGCGGUAGCAAGUGGCCCAGAUGGACAGAGUGCAGAGAGACUGGAAAGUGGCUGUGGGCGGCAGCUGCUCCCUCUGGAUAUUCCCGACUACCUUCAGGCAGAGGCAGAGGAUGUCAGCCAAGGUACAUCAGUUUCCUGCAAACUGGAAUGUCUUCCAGCUGUAGAUGAAAAAAUUACCGCCAAGAAGAAGGGGGGAAAAAGGAGAAAAAGGAAUAAAAUUGCACUGAGAGCUAUACCUGCUGAGAUUGCUGCUGAUCCAGAGCUGGCCAAGUACUGGGCCCAACGCUACCGCCUGUUCUCUCGAUUUGAUGAGGGAAUUAAACUAGACAGAGAGGGUUGGUUUUCUGUGACUCCUGAGAAAAUAGCCGAGCAUAUCGCCGUCCGUGUUAGUCAGUCGUUUGACUGUGAUAUCAUAGUGGAUGCUUUCUGUGGGGUUGGAGGAAAUGCUAUUCAGUUUGCACUGACCUCAAAAAGAGUGAUCGCCAUUGACAUUGAUCCUGAGAAGCUGCGCCUGGCACAUAACAACGCAGAGGUGUACGGCGUGGCAGACCGUAUCGAGUUCGUGUGCGGGGACUUCAUGGUGCUGGCUGCUGACCUGCGAGCAGACGUCGUGUUCCUCAGCCCACCCUGGGGAGGGCCCGACUAUGCCACUGCCGAAAUCUUCAACAUCCAAACCAUGAUCUGCCCGGAUGGAUUUGAAAUUUUCAGGCUCUCCAAGAAGAUUACCAACAAUAUUGUGUAUUUUCUGCCUCGGAAUGCUGACAUUGACCAGGUGGCUUCUUUAGCAGGGCCAGGAGGGAAAGUUGAAAUAGAACAAAAUUUUCUCAAUAACAAACUGAAGACAAUAACAGCUUAUUUUGGUGAUCUAAUAAGACAUGACAUCUCUUGAACUCAGCCUGGAUUCUUCCAAACCCAGCCUCCCUGACUGCUGCUAUGCUUCAGCUUUUGUGCAGCUGGCUGGUCAAAAAUGACUUAAAGCCAUU